GGACAGCAGAAGGAUUCACGAGGUCGAGCCGUCCCUGAAUUCGCAGCCCCCACGUGUGGGAUCAUCGCCCCCCAUCCCACAGGAUUUCCCAUUCCUAGCACAUGGCAGGCUGCGAAGAAGAGGAAGACCCUGUCCUUGUCCUUCCUCUCCCAGAGCAGGAGCUGAGGAUGGAGAGCAGGGAGGACAAAUCCCCGUGGCAGAACCUCGUGGAAGAGGCCGUUUUGAGCGGCUCCACGGUGCAGGAACCCAACGGGGAGGAAAAGCCCCGGAGAUGCCGCAUGAGGAGGAGCUGCAAACGCAGAUCACGGGGAUCUGAGGAGGAAAGACCCACCCUGUGCCGGGGAGGCGGCCGGAGAUGGAGCCAGAGCUCGGAGCUGGUGGUCCCUGAGCAGCUCCAGGAUGGGGAGAAGCCCCACAAGUGCUCAGAGUGUGGGAAGAGCUUCAGGUACAGCUCCCAGCUGAGCAGGCACCAGAGGACCCACACUGGGGAGAGGCCCUACGAGUGUGGGGAGUGUGGGAAGAGCUUCCGCCAGAGCUCCAACCUGCUCGUGCACCAGAUGAUCCACACUGGGGAACGGCCCUACGAGUGUUCUGAGUGUGGGAAGGGGUUUAAGACCAGCUCCGAUCUCCUCCUGCACUACCGGAGUCACACAGAGGAGAGGCCCUUCUGCUGCCCUGACUGCGGGAAGGGAUUCAAGUACAACCCAAACCUCAUGAGGCACCAGAGGAUCCACACUGGGCAGAGGCCCUACGAGUGUGGACAGUGUGGGAAGAGCUUCAGCCUGAGAUCCAGCCUGGUCAGCCACCAGAGGAUCCACACUGGGGAGAGGCCCUACGAGUGUUCCAAGUGUGGGAAGAGGUUUAAGACCAGCUCCGAUCUCCUCAAGCACUAUCGAGUUCACACAGAGGAGAGGCCCUUCUGCUGCCCCGACUGUGGGAAGGGAUUCAGGAGGAACUCCCACCUCAUCAGCCACCGGCGCAUCCACACCGGGGAGAGGCCCUACGAGUGUCCCCAGUGUGGGAAGAGGUUCUCAGACCACUCGUUCUUUACCCGACACCAACGGAGGCACCGGUGAGGGAAGCCCUGUGAGUGCCCCGAGUGCGGGAAGAGCUUCGUGCGCUGCUCCAGCUCCAUCCCCCACUGCAGGACCCAGGUUGGGCACAGCCCUGGUGACCCACAUUCCCUGUGAUCUAUGUUGGGGACAAUAUUCUGGAGGAUAGAUGUGGGUUCUGGAGGUAUACUGGAGGAUAGAUGUGGGUUCUGAGGGUAUUUUGGGCAGUGUACUCCAUCUCUUUGCCCUCCAAAAGCCAAGAGGGUCACCUCAAAACAACUCAAUCCCACUGAAAACAACUCAAUUUUAAUUCAUAUGGGCUCAAUCCCACCUCAAAAUGGCUUGUCCCCACCUAAAAAAAACUCAAUCCCACGCCAAACUCGCUUGUUUCCACAGCCGCCAGGUUGAGAUGGGGUUGGAAGGAGAUUGGGAGAAGUGGGAUCCCAGUUUGGAGCGGUGGGAUGGGGAUUGUGUGGAGCUGGGUGGCUGGGAUGUAUUUGAUAGUGAAUAAAACUUUCAGACUUACUGAUUUCUGUCAUAUUAAUUUUCAGUCCGUGGCAGUUCUGUUUUCAGAGUGCCACCUUCUCAGCUGAUUGUGCUUGUGUCCU